AUGACUAGCACUACUGUCCGAGGGAUAAAAUGGCGUUUUAAACGUACAGAUACCAACGCUGCUGCUCAUCGACGACCAAGGGGGGGAUCGAGACUGGUACAGCAAGACCGGGACGAUGCUUUGGGGGUUCAAGUUACCGAUGGUUCGGUACAAAACGAUACCGAUGGUUUGGUUCAAAACGAUACAGAUAUACAAAUAGACAAUUUCGUAAACGAUACCACCACAAAUUUUCAAAACCAUACCAACGUAAUUCAACAUGAUCCCAUUUUUACUCUUUCUCAACUUGCCACCCCCACCCCCACUCCGGUCGGUCAAAGGGGGAAGACGAAGCAAGACAUGUUAUCAAGUUCAAACCUCCUCAUCGAUCUUACCGACUUUAAUAUCAGUACCGACCAGAUACAAGUCGGAUCGGUAGAAACUUGUACUCGAAAUGGAUUCAUGAUCGAUCCUUAUGAAGAGAUACACGAAGCUUUUUUCACUUUGGAUGGGGAAUCAACUUUGGAACUUUUCCCUUCCGUUCAGGAUAAUGUUUAUGGAUGCAUUUCUGUUCGGGAUAAAGUAGAUGGAUCUCAUUCUGUCAAGGAUAAAGUAGACGAUGGAUCUCAUUCUGUCAAGGAUAAAGUGGACGAUGGAUCUCAUUCUGUCAAGGAUACAGUGGACGAUGGAUAUCCGGAUUCAAGUUCAACUUUGAAACAAAUAAGAUCAUCUCUUUCGUCACCUUUACCUUUGACCUCUUCCAAGUCGAACAACUCUUCAUAUUCAACGUUUGGUAAUUCAGCUCUUGCACAUGAAGUAAUUUUCCCUACUUUUACACAUCACGUUCCGAUGGAGGAUCGUAACAUUGUUUUACCACUUGUUCUUGAUCGUACCGUUCCACUUGCUCUUUUCGAAACCGACACCGACCCCAAUACGGUAUCUUCUUCUGAACAUCCUGAAUCGACUUGUUUAUUCCCCAUGGAUGAAAUCAAUCCCGUCUUCUUAAAUGAACAUGACCAUGUGAAUAAUCAACCUCAUCCUGAUUUUCUUCCCACCAACAACAAUCAUUCACAAGUUAUCAACUUUGAUAAUUAUAUAACUUUGAUCAAUAAUCAUCAUAUCAAUUCCAACGUUUAUCCUACUCGUACUCGUACUCGUGCUCCUGCUCCCCCUCCCCCACCCCCACCCCCACCUCCAACUAAUCGUGCCGAACCUCACACCACCCCUAAAGAACCCGCGCGACCCAUGGGAUUAGCAGAUCGUAUAGGGGCCGAGUUGAAAGCUAAAAGGGAAGAGAUCCAAGCGAAGAGUAAAUUGGCAGGUGAGAAAGCGGAGAAAGAAAGGAGAGACGAGGAAUUGGUUCAAGAGGUCGCUUCGAGGAAAGCAAAAUAUGCUGUGGGUUUGGAAGAAGAGAGGAAGAAUAGGGUAAAGGUGAAGGGGCGCGCGAGAAAGGUGACGAUCGUGACCAACGAACGAUCGAAAACUAUCCAAAGUUAUAUGGCUUUACCCGCUGCCGCUGCUUCACAAGUCGGAUCUUACGCAAGUACCGUCCGCAGGGAGCUAACCGGUCCUAUCGCAAGGCUUGGUUUACCGUCCGCGUUGACAGAUGGUGGGCAGGAACAAGUGGGUGGUCAUGAUCGGAUCGAGAGUGACAAACAUUCUCAUAGUGGGCGGUCAGAAGGGCUAUUCCUAUCAGGAUGCACUUUUAUCAUCAUCGAAUGUCUAUUCAAACGUGGUGUAGGUAUCAACAUGAUCAAAGUCGUCUUAGAGAGUAAAGGAGCCAAAACCAUCUGGGUAACAUCUUCACCCGAAACCAUCUGUUCAAGAGAAUGUAAAAUCCUUUCCGAAUGGUCUUGUCGAGUGAAACAACAAGAAACAACCCAAUCCCACGCUUCGACAUCAUCAACUUCACCCUCACCGACACAUCCGUUGUUCAUAAUCCCCAACGCUGAGACAGUCCGGAUCCAAAAAGACGCCGGAUCGAAUGAACAAGGUCGAGAUUUGGCAGAUUGUCUAGUCCGAGGAUGGGGUUAUCCGAUGAUCGCCUAUCCAGCCCUGUCAACUCACGCUUACCAAGUCAAACUCGAAGCUGUGCAAGAAUGCAUCGCUCAACAAUCCGCGAAACCUUUACUUAGGGAACCUUACGAAUCGGAUGUUGGGAUCGAUGAACCUGAACCAACCACUAUGGCUAAAGAGAAACCCUUGACGGAAGCCAAAUUAGCAAGGUUCAACGAUAUAGUUUCCAGUGGAUUCAAAUACUUUGGAGGGUUGAAUCCCGGUCCUCGAGAGGAUUUAAAUGGUAGGAGUAAUUCUGGUUUUUGGAAGUUUUAUAACUCUGAUCCGGAUCGCGAGUUCGACGUCGUCGGCGUUGAAUACUUCUUCCGGACUCACCGAAGCAAAUUCGAACUAUUGUGGAGUACUCUACCCUAUUACGGCAAACACCUCAACAAAGGGGUCGGAAAAGGAAGAGUGAAAACUGUGAAAAGAGAAUCCGUGAUUGACUCUCCUCGAGAAGAAUCAGUAUCAGGAGGUUCAGAAUCAUCGAAAUCUGUUUCAAGGGAUACGAAAGAAAUCACACCGAAACAAUUCGAGAUAGAAGAAGAUGAUUCAAAAACUAUUCACGAUCGUACUUCUCCCAUGGAUGAAUCGAAUUCAGAUGCUACAACUUUGAAUGAUAUGGUUAUAAACGACGUACAUCUAUCUCAUCCUACAACUUUGAACGAUAUGGAAUCGUCUAGGGAUCCUUCGAUUUUAAACGAUAUGACGGAAUUUCAUGAUGAUAUUUCCAUUGAAAGGGAUGGUGUUAUGUUGCAACUUGAAUCUCUAUCUCAACGUCAUGAUUCCAUUGAGUCUGACGUUACCGUUACAAAGUCAACUUGUACCCCAACGCGUAAACGUGAGAGAUACUCUCCUUUAGAUGAUGAAGAACGAGAGAGAAAACGGAACACGAAUACAAACACAAACACAAAUCGACGUUCUCCUUUGUACGAUGAUAAACUAGAAAAAAAUGGAUCCACUUCUCGACUUGGUGUAACACAAGAUGAUGGACAAAAGAGAAAGAAGAACAUAUCUACACUUUCUCCUUCCGAAGGUUUCCCACCAGAGAGAAAAAACAUCACAUCCGAUGUUAUACAUGAAGAAUCGCAAUCGCCUAUGAAAACAAAAGAAUCAUCCUUUAUCACUAUCGAUUCAAAAGUCGUUGAUGGUUUCACACCUGAUCCAGGGAAAGGGAUAGAGAAACAAAGGGAUAAAGACUCGAUGACGGAAAAUGAUAAAUAUUCAGAUUCAAAUGUUAGUGCACAAGAGCGAUCACUCCUCAUCAAAUCAUGGUUAAUCGACAAACAAGCUUGGCGUAGAAUCAUCCAAAUUAAAAUCGGUUCCAUCCAAUCUCCUCUUGCUCGAUCUCUCAUUACUGCUUAUCCUCAUUUUAUCACUCUGAAGAAUCCUCGACGUUCCAAUUCGUCCUCCUCUCCUGUUCAUCGAACGAUCAUCAACGCUUGGUUGGUUUGGUUGAUGCAUGGUCAUUUACCUUUGAAAUCCAACGAUUCCACGGAUGCAAAAAAACCGACUCUGUGUACGUUGACACCUUUUUUCGUUAGUAAAUUCGACACUAUCUCCCUGGAUAAAGAUCCAAGGUUGGCUUUAGAGUUGGUUUCCAAGGAUAUGUCAAUUACGCUCCCAUCGGUUGACGUAGAUCGGACGAUAGUGGCUUCUGGUCCUUAUGAUGGAGGGUUCUAUUCUAUCGGUUGUAUAGAUGGGCAGAAGCGUAGGAUUUGUAUUUGGGACAAGGUCAAAUCCGAGGAUUCUAAACGGUUCACACAAGUGAGGUUUUGUUUUGUUUUUGAAUUUCUCCUUCUAUCACACUUUCAGUAUGACGGGUCGGAGGUGAUGACCAUGUUAAGGUUGUGUCAAGCUAUUCAUCCUUCCCAUUCGGACUCGACAAGUCAAGGUGAUUGGAAUGUAUUAGAAAUCCCGGACGAGUUUCAUACGUCGAUCCCCGGCGAAAAAGCCUCAUCCUCAUCGUCCAAUCCCUACCAUAUCUCCGCCCAAGCAGGUGCAUUAGAAGCGUGCAAAGUUGGAAAAUCAAUGGCAAUGGAAGGAUUGACGGAUCGAGUCAUCAACUUGCUCAACGACAACGUUCAUGUUGAUCAAACAAAGCAAGACGUAGGGUAUAAAGUGGAUGAUUUGAUUUGGGAUAUGUUGGAAAUUUCAAAUUCAACUUGA